AUGUGUAAUAUGUUAUACUUCUGGUUAACCCUGAGUCUUCUUACCUUAAUAUUGCACAAAUUAGAAUCAUUGUUGUUCCUUUCUGGCACCUUUUUAUUUGAUAAUAAAAUCAUGAGUGGAAUCUUAGCAUUUAGACUCUACAAAGGCAACAAUUUGCCUGUUUCACUUAAUCGCUGUUUGUUUAAUACAUUAAUAUCGCAACGUUUUAAGACGAACCUAUAUAACACAACAAAUUUACAGUUUAACUUUAAUAUGAACCCUAAAAUACCAAAGCAUUUUGAAGAGAAGAUAUCCAAAAGGCUGGAUACGAACACAUCUAACCCUCUGGGAAUCGUGGCACAUCUCAUUAGAGAUUUCUUUAAUUCCUACGAAGAUUUAGUAGUCUCAAAGAGAAAGUUUGAUUACUAUCCAGUUCAGUUUGAGCCAGUCACCAUAAGCCAAAAUUUCGAUGAGCUCCAGGUUCCCCUGGAUCACGUUAGCAGAGACCCCAAAGAUUCAUAUUAUUUGGACAAAGAAUACAUAAAGAACUUUAAAGAUUUUAAAAAUAAAUCAUAUUUGGAUAUAAUCAAAGAAAAAAAUGGAGUUUAUGAUAGGGAUUUAAUCCAUUACAUGGCUGAUACCUUUAAACAUUCAAAGUACAAACUGCUUCCAACGCACACUACUUCACACAUAACAAAUCUACUAAGGGAUGGAAUAACUGAAGCGAUCUACUCAGGCCAGGUGUUUCGAAGGGAUGAGAUCGAUUCACAACACUACCCUGUAUUUCACCAAAUGGAUGGAUACCUUUUAUUUACUCGAGAAGAUAUCGAAAAACUUAGAAGCCUUGAGGAAUUUAAAACUGAUACCACAAAUGAAGUUAUUUUUAGACAUUUGAAAAGAACACUAGAAAAUUUAGUUUCUCAUCUCUUCAAAUUUGUUACGGUUGUCUCAAAAAACACAACGGAAUCACGUAAAAUUAACUUUUCGGAACUUGAAAAGUACUGGGACGAUGAAGCUACGUUCCCCUUCACGUUCCCCUCUUCCGAAUAUUACCUCAAGAACGAUGCUCAACCAACUGAACUUCUGGGUUGUGGAGUCCUAAAAAAUAUUAUUUUGGAAAAUAACUUUAAGGAUUUCGGAGAAGAAUUCUUGGGAGGAUGGGCCUUUGGGAUAGGACUGGAACGUCUUACUAUGGUACUGUGUAAGAUAUCUGACAUUCGACAGUUUUGGGAAACUGAUGAAAGAUUCCUCAAACAAUACGAACACAGCUUCUCAGAGAAGAAGCUCCCAGUUUUUGUAAAAUAUAGUAAAAAUCCGCCUGUAGUCCGUGACCUUUCAUUUUAUAUCCCAGAUUCAUUUGACGAAGAGAUAUUUAGAUCAAUAAUUAUGGAAAAGGGAAAAGGGUACGUUGAAGAUAUUCAAUUUGUAUCUAUCUAUUUCAAUGAGAAGAUUAGCAAAAAGAGCCUCUGCUACAGAGUAGUGUAUAGAGCAUUUGAGGAAAAUCUAACUAACAGCUUCGUUAACUCGAUCCAUGAAGAAGCCGUUAAAUCAUUAAAGGAUAAAUUAAGGUUAACAAUACGUUAA